AUGGGUUUUAGCAGAAGAUUGCUUCUUUCGAUUUUGAGCAUACUGGGUUUGCUCUCUAUUGCCUCUGGGGCUCGCCUCUACUCUUCCUCGGUUUCAAAACAGAAGCUGGACGUCCAGAAGCACUUGAAUCGAUUGAACAAGCCAUCUACCAAGUCCAUUCAGAGCCCGGAUGGAGAUAUCAUUGACUGUGUUCCCAUGUCCAGCCAGCCAGCUUUUGACCAUCCUUACCUCAAAGACCACAAAAUUCAGAUGAGGCCUAGUUUCCACCCUGAAGGACUGUUUGAUGACAACAAAGUGGCUGCUGCUGCAGCAGAAUCUAAAGUGAGAGCAAAUCUUAUCAAGCAGUUGUGGCAUGCCAAUGGUAAAUGCCCUGAAGGAACCAUUCCAAUCAGAAGAACAAAGCAGGAAGAUGUUGUGAGAGCUAGCUCUGUGAAAAGAUAUGGUAAGAAGAAGCAUAGAAGCAUUCCAAAGCCCAAGUCAGCUGAACCUGAUCUCAUUAACCAGAGUGGCCACCAACAUGCGAUAGCAUAUGUCCAAGGAGAUAGGUAUUAUGGAGCAAAGGCCACCGUUAACGUUUGGGAACCAAAGAUCCAACAACCCAAUGAGUUCAGCCUGUCUCAGUUAUGGAUAUUGGGAGGAUCCUUUGGUGAGGAUCUCAACAGUAUUGAAGCUGGUUGGCAGGUCAGUCCAGAUCUGUAUGGUGACAACAACACAAGGCUCUUCACCUACUGGACAAGCGAUGCCUAUCAAGCAACUGGGUGCUACAAUCUGCUAUGCUCAGGCUUUAUCCAGAUCAACAGUGAGAUAGCAAUGGGUGCAAGCAUCUCUCCUGUUUCUGGCUACCGCAAUUCACAAUAUGACAUCAGUAUCCUUAUCUGGAAGGAUCCAAAAGAAGGGCACUGGUGGAUGCAGUUUGGAAACGACUAUGUGUUAGGGUAUUGGCCAUCUUUUCUGUUCUCAUACUUAGCAGACAGUGCCUCCAUGAUUGAGUGGGGAGGUGAGGUGGUGAACACAGAAGCAGAUGGGCAGCACACCUCGACUCAAAUGGGGAGUGGGCGUUUCCCCGAGGAAGGGUUUGGGAAGUCGAGCUACUUCAGGAACAUUCAAGUUGUGGAUGAUUCCAACAAUCUCAAGGCUCCCAAGGGACUUGGCACCUUCACUGAGCAGUCCAACUGCUAUGAUGUUCAAACUGGCAGCAAUGGCGACUGGGGUCAUUACUUUUACUAUGGAGGCCCUGGUAGAAACGCCAAGUGCCAGUGACACCCAAAUGAAACACCCCUUUCUCAUCGUAUACUUCUGUUGUGUUCUGUUCCUUCCCUAUGUAUAAUUCACCAUCAUCCCUCUUCUUUCCUUAGUGUACAUCUGAGGUCGAGUCUGAGCAGUAGUGGCAAGUUUUGGCUCAUUGUUUUCUUUUGUUUUUAUAGUCAUGGAAAAAGAUUCUCCAGACAAACCAAGUGGGUUUGGGGAACUUUGUGGCCAGUGUUUCUCAAAACUGGGAAAGAAACAGGAGGCCUUUUGUUUUCUUUCUUUCUUUGUGUAUUCUAUUGGUUUAUGGUACUACUUCUCGUCUACUCCCUUCUUUGGAGGGGCUCGUUUAAAUGGAAUGAAAUCCCCUCCUCUCUCUCUGUUGCUGCUUCUUUUGAUAGAUACUGUCAGUAGUCUGUCACGGCCUUGUAUUAUGAUUGUGAUCAUGAUGAAGGCUGGCUGAUAAAAGGAGAACUUUUCAACCACUGCUGUCUGUUGAGUUAUUAUUGUUAUGAUUGUAAGCUAUAGCUAGCUAGUAACUGUGUGUUUUUGGGUGC